CAGGAAGGCCAGGAGCAGGCUGUCUACGGGAACAUCGGCAUGGGCGCCGCCCACGGCCUCUCCUCCGUCCCCUCCAGCACGCACGCGGGCGUCGAGGACUACUACGCCGUAAAUGCGCCCGCCCCUGGCACCGUGGGCGUGGCGUCGGCGCGCAUCAUGAGCAGCGGGGGCGGCGCGGGCGGGGGCGUCGGCGCGCUCGGCCGCGGCCUGGACGCCCCUCUGCCCGCGGGCGGCGACUUCAGCGGCGUGAUCGUGCCGGGCGCCGUGUACACGUCGUCGGCCGCCAUGGCGCCCGCGGGCGGCCUGGGCGGCGGCGGCGGCUUGGGCAUGGGCACGUACACGCCGCCGCCGCCCCAGCCCGCCCACAGCUACACGCCCACGUCGCGGGUGGCCGUGCCCAUGAGUGCGCAGCCGCUCUACUCCAACACCGCCUCGCAGCCCAUCUACAACAACUCGCCGCGCGCGCACCACGCCCACGCGGGCGGCGGCGGUGGAAGUGGAGGGGUGGGCAGCCAUUCGCCCCCACCCCCCCUGCCGCCUCCCAGCCGCCCACCAGCCAGCACGCCCGCGCCUACGCCAACAUGAGUACCAACGGCGCCGCCUACCCGCCCACGCACGCCCUCUACGCCAACCUGGACUCCGGCGCGCC